GAGUCUUUAAAAUUACAGUUCCACCCUCACAGAGGUGACACGUGUAAUUGGACCUUUAUAUAUUGCUGAAGCCAACCCAGCUGAGAAUUUCAUGGCUUUUCUCUCAGAACAGAGUAAGAAGAUCUGCAUAGAUAGCUAUUGCUGAUUCAGUUCCUUGGUAUAAUGGAAACUCAGAGGAGAACUUUUGGGUUGUGCUAUUCCUUGUUAGUGGGGGUUUUAUUGGUAUUCUUCUCUGGCAUUGGUUCUUCUGCAGUUUCAAAUGAGGUAAAAAGGUGUGAUCCACACUCUAAUGAUAGUGACUCAAGUAUUAGUUGUAGCUCCAAGAACUAUGUUUUGCAGUCUUACUAUGAAAAAUAUGAAGACCUACUAGAUUCAAAUUUCCAAGAUUUUAUAGCACAAGAACUUCCUAUUGGUUUGUGUGAGGUGCUGCCACAUAAUCUGAGUCUUGCUUUAAGACUCUCCAUUUUGCAUCGCAAUCUGAUAGGGAAUGGUUCUCAUCGUCAUCUUACGUCGUCCUUUAGACUUAAGAUUGAACAAGAAUCCAUACUUGAGCUUCCUUCUCACCACUGUGAGGUCAUAGUCAUUGAGAGACUGCCAUCUGGGGUAUUUGCCGAUCCAUUUGAGCUUCAACAUCUCCUUCAGCGUGGUGUGUACGGCAAUAUAGCUGUCUUUGGAGAUACAAAUUUGGAAUUGCCUUCUUUUCUUUCCAAUCGUUCUGCUGUAGAGGUUCACAUGGAUGUUGGUCAUGAUCUCUUGCUGGGUCCGAGUAAAGAGUCUACCAUCAAUUUAGAGCUUCCCCUACAUGCACGAUAUCCACCUCUAGAUGAAAGUGGCUAUUGGGAAGUCAAAUUUGGUACACCUGAUUUCUUCAUGCGUUGCAGUGUUGAGGGAAAGUCACAUAAUCAAGGCUGUUUAUAUAGGAUACCAGAUAUUGAUGGUUCUGAUUCAACAUUUGGUACAGUUGUCUGGAACAUACCUUCUGGGAUGAAGGCACAUGCUCGAAUUGUUUCUGUCUUCACUUUUAUUGCUGCCUUAAUUUCAGCCAUCUUGAUUGCUGUAACAUCCAUAUUUUAUUCAGACAACUCCAGCAAACGUUCAAAGGAAUCUUAGUUGUUGCUAUACGUUUUUUUUUCUUUGAGGAAAUUUUGGUGCUAUACUUUGCAUGCUGCUUAUUUGUUUCUUUUCAGUAUAUAUACCAAGCUCCCUAUUCAAUC